UUCAACUCAACACGAACACUAUGAAUUUGAUGCAAAAGAGACCCUUGACACUCUUUACUUUAGCAAAACAAAAAUCCCCAAGAAACAUGCAAGAACAGAAAUUAUAUCUCAACACAUCCACCAAAAGCUUACCUUCCCAAAAUGAAAGGCUUAAAGACAGGAGAGUGAAAGACCUGAUGGUCGAUAAGAGAAGGCUAGUGGAGGUACCCUACACAGCCUCCUUAGCUCACACAAUGAACACGUUGGUUGCUAACCAAGUGGUGGCAGUGCCGGUGGCUGCACCACCAGGUCAUUGGAUUGGGGCUGGUGGGUCAAUGAUCAUGGAGUCUGAUAAGCAGACUGGGGCUGUAAGGAAACAUUAUAUAGGAAUGGUUACUAUGCUUGAUAUAUUGGCACAUAUUGCUGGUGAUGAUCAGAUGAACGGUGGUGAUGAUGAUGCUUCUGAUCUUGAUAGGAAGAUGUCUGUCCCAGUUUCUUCUAUUAUAGGGCAUUGCCUUGAGGGGCUCAGUUUGUGGACUCUAAAUCCAAACACUAGCAUCUUAGAUUGUAUGGAAGUAUUCAGCAAAGGAAUCCACCGCGCAUUAGUGCCCCUUGACAGCCACAUGGAGAACAUCUCAGGGGUAGAGCUUGUCGAAUCAGCCUCGAGCUAUCGGAUGCUUACUCAAAUGGACUUGGUCAAGUUCUUGAAGGAGCAUGCUUCUGAACUGCAAGGCUUCAUAUCGCGCCCUGUGAGUGAGAUUGGAGCAGUAAACGAGAAUGUUUAUGCCAUAACUGGUCACACAAAAGUCAUUGAUGCCAUAAAAUGCAUGAGAGCUUCUCUGCUGAAUGCUGUUCCUAUCGUUGUGGCCUCUGAUUCACUUGAAGAUUAUUCCAAGAAACUUAUAAACGGCAAAGGCAGGAUGCUGAUUGGAACAUUUUCUGCAACUGAUUUGAGGGGUUGCCAUUUGACUGCAUUGCAGACUUGGUUGCCCCUAACUGCACUGGAAUUCACAGAAUCAGUAGCAUCUGCCCCAAUAUAUGCAUCUCCAAAUGCGUCAAAUAUGCCGCCUAGGGAACUUGUAACUUGCUAUCUUGGUUCGCCUCUUGAAGAAGUGAUCGACAAGGCUGUAACGAAACAUGUGCACCGGGUUUGGGCUGUGGAUCAACAGGGUUUUCUUGUUGGACUUGUGUCUCUAACUGACAUAAUCAAAGUAGUCAGGGCAUCACUACUAUCAGAUACCCAUGUAGCAUGAAUGAUCCAAGAAUAGUUUCCUUCGAUCGAAAUCAUACAUCGACAUAUUGAGGAGAAUCACGAAUACAGAAGGUGAAAUACGAAGUAGCUAUUAAAGGAUGAAAUGGUUCUUGAUUUACGAAGGAGAGUGACUAAUAUAGAAGAUGAAAUAUGAAGAAGCUAUAAAAAGGAAAAAUGGUUGUGGGCAUGGACAAUCUUUUGACCUUGGGUGAUUAUUUUCAAAUAAUGGGUGGUUUGGUGGUUAAUGUUUAGUGUAACCAAAUGUUUAACUUCUUCUAGCUUAUUAACUCGUUUUGUUAUCUUUAGGUAUAAUAUCCGUUGUGAUGUAUUGAUGAUCAGCAUAAAACGCACUUGAAUAGUAAAAUCUAAUUGAAAAUAAAGUAAAUCUGUUGAUCGUGUCA